AUGACUAUUCAAAAUGAAGUUUUUUGCCAGUCCUAUGGUUGUCUCGAUCUUAACCAGAACCUAUCUAAAGGCGGAUGUCAUGAAUCACCGUCUCAAUCUUUUAAGUACCGUUCCACACCAAACCUAUUAGCUCUGUCUAAAAGUCAGAUGGAGAGAAUUCAGAUCAUAUCUGAGUUUUAUGACGGUGAAGAAGUACUUGUAAGUGAUCUGAAAACUGUCGUUAAGGUGUACAAAUAUCCAUUAGAAAAAUUGGGUAUACUUACCUCAACGGAAAUAAAUCAUCUGUUUUACUCAAUAGAAGCUAUUAUACCAGUUUUUGAAGGAUUAGCAAAUAGUCUUUCAUCAGAACUGAAUAAAUAUUUCAGCAUACCAUAUAUAGGAAUGAUCUUAUAUCUGUGGUUAGGUCUCGAAGUAAUAACAAAGCCACAACCUGAUUACCUUAAUUAUGGGCGUAAAUGUUAUCCAUACCCAACACAGAAUUAUGUCCAAUCUAUCUGUGAGAAUUACAUCGAGAUAAUGCCUUCAUCAAUAAAACUUCUCUUGGAUUAUUCAGCACACUUAUAUGAAGCACGUAAAUAUUUUGAAGCGUUACGCGAACAAAAGCCUGCUUUUAUUGAUUUCCUUUCACGUUGUUCACAUACACAUUUCAGUAAACGUUUGGAUUUGUGGCAUUUCUUGGAAUGUCCCAAAAGCAGACUGACUAGGUAUCCUUUAUUACUCAAUCGUCUGAUCGAAUUGACACCUUCAACCGAUCCAGAACUCAGUCAUUUACUCGUUGUUCGGUCUGCCUUCACCUUUAUUAUUGACGAGUUAAACCGUCGAGUUGGUGAAGCUAUGCGUAAUUUGUACUUAGAAUGCAUAGGAUUCCAUGGCAAUUUAGAAUUACAAUACAAAGAUAUGGUAUGUCAUCAAAAAUCACUAUUAUUGAAAGGCAGUCUGCAUACUGAUAUUGGAGAAGUAACCGUUUUUGUUUUUCCUCAAAUAAUGCUUAUAACAUUUUCUGGACCCGAUAAUAAUAGUCGACUAAUAUCACGUUGCUAUUAUGGUAAAUUAUCACGUCAAAUCACCAAGCCGCAUGUUAUUACUUCAUCUAAAAACUCACCAAUUUCACUUGUUUCUCCACAACCGUCUAUAAUAUCCUCUGUGAGUACACGAGUUUAUGGUCAUCGAUGGUCUUUGUUAUCCAUUUUAAGGACUCGUUCACCACCUGAUUUGGGAAAUGCUACGCAGACAUCGUUUAACUCAGGAAAUCGACCUUCCAAGUGUGCACGAUUAUUUCGACGUUUGUCAUCAAUUAUGACAUCAUCACCGUCGACAAAGUCGGACGUUUCCAGACCUAUCGCAACAGCGUCUUUCACACCAACUGAUGAAACUGUCAGUCUUGAACGAUUUCGUAUUUGCUAUCCGCCUUUAAUAUUAAAAGAUUAUAUUUUGGAAGAUAUAGCUGAUGAUAGUAUUCCUUCAACUAUAUUGAAAUUUCCUUUUUCCACAGAAAAAGCUCAUCAAAAUUUAUUCAAACUCUCUCCUUAUGAACAUAGUGUAAAACGAAAAUCUGGAAGAACUUCAGUCAAACAAUCCGAUCUAUUACAUUCAUACGAAAAAAUUAUAUCAAGAAAAUCUCGUGAAAUAAAAUGGUUUUCUUCGUCAUCAUUGACUAGUAAUAGAACUUCAUCGUUGUUACGCAAAUCUCCAAAAUCAAUAUCUAGAGAGUUUCUAUUUCAAGCAUCUAGCCUACAGGAUAAAAAAUUUUGGAUUACUACACUGACACCACUCGUACACAGUUUUUAUCAAAGUGAAUCAUGCAACGACUUGAUUUUAGAUUAA